AAAGAAAGAAAGAAAGAAAGAAAGAAAGAAAGAAAGAAAGAAAGAAAGAAAGAAAGAAAGAAAGAAAGAAAGAAAGGAAGGAAGGAAGGAAGGAAGGAAGGAAAUAAACAGUGAUGCUCAUAUGAACUCUUCUUCUAAGCCCCUCCUUACCUUGUAAUGUAGUAGUGGAAAAAAACUAAACCUUAAUUAAGGAAGUGGCAACAACAAAAUUUGCAGGGGACAGGCAAUGGAGUUUUCAACAAAAUUAGUAGCAUACUUAAGGAUUCCAAAAUGAAGAAUUUGGAAGACACUUGUAUCUCUUUUAUUGAUCCAAUUCAUCUAUCCCUUUGUAUUUCUCCUCUCUGUCUCUGUUCCUUUUAUUCUUGGUCUGAGUCUAAUGCCAGCCAGGUGUAUAGAUCCUGUAAAAGAGAGUUAAGAGAAUAAUAGGUAACGAGUUGUUAGAAACUCUUCUGCCAAGACCCCAGAAAUUAGCCUUGGCCUCCCCACAGCCAAUUCCAGGAAAUGACUGAGAUUCCAGACCUGGGAGGAAAAGAGUCAUAAGCAAAAGCUCUGUUUAUUUCUAGGAGAAAAAAUAGUCUCUGUGAAGGGGAACAGAAGGGAAAAAGGGUAAAGGGGUCGUUAGGAGCUAUUUCAUCUCCGGCAGAGAAGACAUAAGGCAUUAAACUAUAACUAUAUAGAUUGUACCCCAUCCAAGUCAAUGGAUCUCCCCACUCAACCAUUUCUACCUAUUCCUGGUCUUUCCCUGGAAGCCUGGAGUCUGGAAGUCACACAAAAACAUACCCAUCUGCCCCUUCCCUAACCCAACUCCCAUAUAGCUCCACCAAAUUCUUCACAUUUUGAUAUUAUGUCCCUGCCAAUCUCCCUGCUAUGGCACCAUGAGGCCAUGCUUCUGAUGUCCUCCCUCCCUUCAGCCUCCAAAAGAGGUCACGUAGGGAACAAUGGGGUGUGGUUUAUGAUUCAAGGACUUCAAGAAGAAUACUGUUUAGAGGACUAAGGUUAAAAGAUUAAUGAUCACUGAAUUAAAGAAUUUCAGAAUGGAAAGGGACAUCAGUUUCCAAUAACCCAUACCCAGAAGAGCCCCCAUUACAAAAUGUAUAUCAGGUGAUCAGCUAUUCUCCUUGAAGGCCUUCAGUGAAGGAGAACUCCUAAUUUCCUAAGCAGCUUGUUCUGUUUUUAUAUAAUUUUAACUAGGAUUUUUUUUCCUUGACAUCAAACCUAUUUGUCUUUUUGCAACUUCCACUCAUUAUUCUUAAUUCUGCCCUCUUGGAGUUAAGGUUAACAUUAGAAUUAGUGGAUUUGGAUUGGGGGGUUGGGGGGAGGCAGGCAAGCCAAGGCAAAGACCAGAGCCAGGUAUAAGAGCAAGUCUAAAGGAUCAAGGUUAGAGAAUUUGACUCCUGUCUCUUUCUUUAGUACUUCCAAGGAGAUUAGUCCCCGUAACUGGGCCAGGCAGGAAGCAACGAUUUCCUCAAUGCUGCUUCCCUCUUAGGACAGGAUUUAUGGUCACAAACAACUGGUGCCCUGCCCAGCCAUCCUCCUCCCUUUCCUCUCCCCCCCUCCCUCAAUGAGCUCAGAGCAGCUGAACGCACUGCAUGGGACAGAAGGGUCUAAUAGACCCUGGGGUCCUUUGGGCCUUGUGUGGAGAACUGAGACCAGGAAUGAACCCAGAAAGAAUGAGAGUCCCAGAGACCGGUUUGUCCUUGUCUUUACUGCUCCUGUUUAUCACAGAAUCUCUGGUCCUGGCUGAGCCCGUGGAGCUGCUGGUGAUGCAUGUCCAACUGGAAAAUGUGACUCUUUUCCCUACUGACCAAAUACCUGGCCCAGUUGUAUGGCUGAGUUGGAAGGUGAGUGGUCCUGCUGCUCCUGCAAAGGUCUAUAAAGUCCUGUUCCGGGCCCGGCAAUCUGCAGCAGGGGAGGUAGCAGGGCAGCCAGAUGGCCAGUGGAGUGAGUCCUUGCUGAUGGGUAGGCAGAGUGCAGAACUUCGGGGCCUUAGCUGGGGCUACGAUUAUGAAUUUAAGGUGAGGCCAUCUUCUGGUUCAGCCCAAGGCCCUGACAGCAACAUUCUCAUCUUGAGGUUGCCAGAGCAAGUGCCCAGCGCCCCACCUCAGGCUGUUACCCUGACCCCUGGAAAUGGCAGUGUCCUGGUGAGCUGGGAUCCACCUCCAUCUGAGACUCACAAUGGCAUUAUCCGUGGCUACCAGGUCUGGACCCUGGGCAAUGCCUCACUGCCCCGUGCCAACUGGAGCGUGGUUGGUGGUCGUACUCAGCUGGAGAUUGUAACUGGAAUGCCUGGUUCCUAUUGCAUUCAGGUGGCAGCAGUCACUGGAGCUGGAGCUGGGGAGCCCAGCAGUCCUGUCUGCCUCUCCUUAGAGAAGGCCCUGGAACGAGCUGCACGAGAUUCUGUGGGCCUGGGUCCCCCAACCCUGGAGCAGCUUCAAGCAGCCCUGCGCCGGCCAGAGGUGAUCGCUAGUGGUGGGGCUGUGCUCUGGCUGCUGCUGCUGGGGGCUGCAGUUUGUAUUCACCGCCGGCGCAAGGCCAGAGCCCACCUGGGCAUGGGUCUGUACAGAUACACCAGUGAAGAUGCCAUUCUUAAACACAGGCUAGACAGAAGUGACUCUCCCUGGCUGGCAACCACAUGGCGAUCCACCUCUGGCUCUCGGGAUCUCAGCAGCAGCAGCAGCCUUAGCAGCCAACUGGGAGGAGACACUAGGGAUACAUUAGACUGUCGGCGGUCCUUGAUUUCCUGGGAUCCUCGAAGCCCUGGUGUCCCUCUUCUCCCAGACACCAGCACCUUCUAUGGCUCUCUUAUGACUGAGAUGUCCAACGGCCCUCUUAUUCCCCCAGGCCCCAGGGCCCCACCUAUGAGGAGGCUUCCACCUCAGCUGGCUAGGCUCUCCAAUCCCUGGCCUAGUUUGGACAGUCUCUGCAAUGCUCCAAGAAUACCUUCUUCCCAUCUCUCCUUGACUCCUACAGAAGCCUGGAGAAUAGUAAAGAAGCAGGAGCUUCAUCAGGCUAAUAGUUCUCCUCUGCUCCGUGCCAAUCACCCCAUGGGGCAUUGGGCCUGUGAGCUGGCUGGUGCAAAGGACUUCAAGAACAUUUCCCAAGUCCCAGGAGCUGUACCCCGUACUCUGGCUGCCUGGCGUGCCAUUGGACCACAACUUCUCAACCCCAGGAAUGAGUUGGCUUCAAGGCCCCUCCCCCCAGCACCCCCUUCUCCUAUCGGAGGGGCUUCCAAUAAAGGCCAACAGAAUCAAUCAGGUAAGGACUUCAUGGAGCCUCAGAUUCCAUCCUCCCUGCCCCUAGCGGCAGCCAUCUCUCCCAAACCUCCCAGCCCCUUGGCUUCCUCCUCCCUCUCUGGCCCCAGCCCAACCUCUAGCCGCCUGUCUAGCUCUUCAUUGUCCUCCUUGGGAGAAGAAAGGGAUAAUGUGCUGACCCCUGAAGAUGUGGCCCUGUGCCUGGAGCUCAGUGAGGAUGAUGAUGAGACCCCGAGGAACAGUGGUACUCCUGUCCGAAGGGCCCCAUCACCACCCACCAGCUAUGGCUAUAUCAGCAUCCCAUCAGCCUCUGGAUUAGGGGAGGGGAAUGCAGGUGGACUGGGACCAGAGGGAGGCAUUUUGCUAUGUCCACCCCGACCCUGCCAUACUCCUACACCCAGUGAAGGUUCUCUGGCAAAUGGUUGGGGUUCAGCCUCAGAGGACAAUGCCUUCAGUGCCAGGGCCAGCCUUGUCAGCUCCUCCGAUGGUUCUUUUCUUGCUGAUGCCAACUUUGCCCAUGCCUUGGCUGUGGCUGUGGAUAGCUUUGGCUUUGGCCUGGAGUCCAAGGAUCAUGACUGUGUCUUCAGCGACUUCUCUCCACCUCCUUCACCUCAAGAUGACUUUGCCCUUACUUCUACCCUGACCCUGCCAGCAUGGGAGUGGAGUUCAAAUUGGAUUGAAGAGAUGGAGAAUAAAUACAGUCAUCAGUUAUGUAGGAGGCUACCUUCUUCUCCCCCAGAGAUAGAGAAGGGUCCAUCCCAAGGGAGGCAUAAGACUGGCCCUUUUGUGCCUAAAACCCAUGACUCUUGAUUGGGAUACUGAAGUCCCUAGAAAUGGUGUGGAAGCUGCUGCCGAUCUGCCUUCAAGUAUAGGGACAUGGAUGUUUAGAGUCUCUCCAGUGUUCUUCCACUUUCUGUGACUCAAGAUGCAUCCCCUUUUCAGGGGUUCAACAGAGAUUUUCUCCUCUCCUGGGAUUGAGGAAAUAGAAACACACAACUGGAGUCCCUUAGGGGUCAGGGAGUAACUGCAUUCCUAACCAUGCUUUCUAGUCUGGUCCCUGAAUCUAGACAUCUCUGCUGGAGAAAUAGACUCUCCUGUAUUUGCCCUUUGGAUCAGAGUAGUGAGUAAAAUGAGUUUCUUUUGUGGAACACAAUGAAGGACUAUUGGGUUAGAGGGAAGAAUGGAUCAUCUCAGACCUUCACUUCAUUUCCAUAGAUCCUCACUGCCUCCUUCCUACUGGCACCGCAGGUAACAUCGUUUUUCCUUCCCAGGGCCUUGGGCCACCCUCCCUAGUCAAACCGUGUUCUCUCUCCCUUUCCUUUCAGACCUCACCUCCCAUAUCACCCCCACCCCCACCCCGCCCCAAGUGUAAAUAAAGAGAAAUAUUGCCUGAA